AUGAAAGGAAGCAAUUUAAACAGUUCAGAAACCCAAAGAGUAAAUGCAGCUUCUUUAUAUAAAGAAUGCUUGUUGCAGCAUAAAGAAUUUAUUGAGAAAAAUAAAUUUGCUCGAGAGUUAGAGCUAAAAUAUCAUAGAACAAUCCAUAAGAGUUUAAAACCUCACAAAUUAAAUGAAGAAUCUAAAGAAGUGAAGUUUCACCACUGGCCGGUUGAGAGUGAGCAGUUUACAAAUGCAUUGAGAAUCAAGUUAGAAAAUUCAUUGCUACCAAAAUUAAGCGUUCCAUAUUCACAUAAGAAUAAAAAUGACUUAUCAAUUGUAAAAUUAAGAAAGUCUCUAAAGCUUACGAGGGAGAAAUUAAGAAGUAAUCAAGAGUCAAACACAAGUGAAGAUGAUGCUCACUUUAGGCUAAACUCAAGCAUUGAUAAGCUACCUAAAAUAAAAAUCCCAAACUCUCACUCAAAAUCUCCUAGAAUUGAUAGUAAAGUUAGAAAAUUGCUAAGUGCAGAUUUAGAUGGAGAUUACCCAGUCAAACCUCUUUGUCAAAGCAUCUGCCUAUCAAUUCAUUAA